AUGACAGCAACAGUAGCUGAAAAUCAGAAACAAAAUGGUAGUACACCACAAAGUGAUGAGAGUACUGGAAUUUCUCCACCUGAAGGGGUCAGUAUGCAUAAAACAGAGAGGAUAGAACAGAAAGAAGAUAAGGAACAGCCACCUCAUUCACCAACCCCAAUAUCUUCUCCUGCCGUACCACCUGCACAAUCAGGCCCUUCAUCUCCAUCAACUGUACAACUUUCUCAUACAGCUAGUCCUGUGCCAGAAUUGUCAUCACAAAUAUUCCCACACCAAACUCCUUUGCUAUCUGGUAGACAACCUUCUCCACCCUCACCACAGUCCCCCCCUGGAUCACCUACACAACCAGGCCCUUCAUCUCUGUCAAAUGUACGACCUUCUCAUCCAGCUAGUCUUGUGCCACAUUUGCUAUUACAAAAACUCCUGCAGCAAAUUCCUGUGUCAUCUGGUAAACAAUCUCUGCCACACCCACCACAGGUUCCCUCUGUAUCACAUGCACACCCACGACCUAUAUCUCCAUCAACUGUACAACCUUCUCAACCAGCUACUGCUCUACCGGAACUACCAUCACAAAUGGUUCCACAGCACACUCCUUUGCCGUCUGGUAGACCACCACCUCCAACCUCACCACAACCACUCCCUGUAUCACCUGCACAACCAGGCCCUUUAUCUCCAUCAACUGUACAACCUUCUCAUCCAGUUAGUCCUGUGCCAGAAUUGUCAUCACAAAUACUCCCACACCAAACUCCUUUGCUAUCUGGUAGACGACCUCCUCCACCCCCACCACAGUCCCCCCCUGAAUCACCUACACAACCAGGCCCUUCAUCUUUGUCAAAUGUACAACCUUCUCAUCCAGCUAGUCUUGUGCCACAUUUGCUAUUACAAAAACUCUUGCAGCAAAUUCCUGUGCCAUCUGGUAAACAAUCUCCGCCACACCCACCACAGGUUCCCUCUGUAUCACAUGCACACCCACGACCUUUAUCUCCAUCAACUGUACAACCUUCUCAACCAGCUACUGCUCUACCGCAACUACCAUCACAAAUAGUUCCACAGCACACUCCUUUGCCAUCUGGUAGACCACCACCUCCAACCUCACCACAACCGCUCCCUGUAUCACCUGCACAACCAGGCCCUUUAGCUCCAUCAACUGUACAACCUUCUCAUCCAGUUAGUCCUGUGCCAGAACUGUCAUCACAAAUACUCCCACACCAAACUCCUUUGCUAUCUGGUAGACGACCUCCUCCACCCCCACCACAGUCCCCCCCUGAAUCACCUACACAACCAGGCCCUUCAUCCCUGUCAAAUGUACGACCUUCUCAUCCAGCUAGUCUUGUGCCACAUUUGCUAUUACAAAAACUCCUGCAGCAAAUUCCUGUGCCAUCUGGUAAACAAUCUCCACCACCCCCCGCACAGGUUCCCUCUGUAGCACAUGCACAGCCAGGACCUUUAUCUCCAUCAACUGUACAACCUUCUCAACCAGUUACUGCUGUACGAGAACUGCCAUCACAGAUAGUUGCUCAGGAAACUCCUUUGCCAUCUGGCAGACCACCUCCUCCUACCCCACCACUGCACCUCCCUGUAUCACCUGCACAAUCAGGCCCUUUAUCUGCAUUAACUGUACAACCUUCUCAACCAACUACUCCUAUGCCAGAAUUUCUACCACCACAAGUACUCAUAAAGCAAUCUUCUUUGCUAUCUCAUGGACCAUCUUCUCAACUCUCUCAGCCCUCUGCACGUGGCAUUAAGAAGACCUCUAAUAAACAAAAGAUUUUUCCCGUGCGGCCAUCCCAGAUGUCAUUACAAAAAACAACAGAUACUUCUUUGCUGGCAGCAAUUAAUGAAUUAAUGCUACGCAAAGCCACUAAGCAUCGUACAGCAACGAUCCGUUCCCGGAGAACUGCGUUGCAACUUUCAGAAUCUGAGUCGGGGUCAGAGAGUGAUUAAGGCAAUGAGAGUUGACCUGAUCCAUAGAAGAGUACAUGACAUCAAUGGAUUAACACUACGCAGUCAUACUGCCAGGGCGAUCCAUCAUAGAUGCCACCUCCUCCUACUCCUCCCGCAGUCACCAACUAUAGAGACAGUGCCCAGUGGUAGUGUAGAGAGUGUAAGGACUUGGCUGACUUCUUUUUCGAUGAAUGU